UGAGUCGCCGACACCGUAUGGUCACGGCUCCUCAUUUUAUCCGUGAGCCAGUCCACCUUGCGACGAGUGUUGACGAAGAUGACGCUCUGAGUGAUGGCCAACGUCUCGUAGAGGUAUCAGAUAUGAUGGAGAAGGAAUUGAUCCUUGUUGGAGCUACUGCUGUAGAGGACAAACUGCAAAAGGGGGUUCCUCAAUGCAUAGAUAAUCUUGCCCAAGCUGGUCUCAAGAUAUGGGUUUUGACAGGAGAUAAGAUGGAGACAGCAAUAAACAUAGGAUACGCCUGCAGUUUACUUCGACAGGGUAUGAAGCAGAUAUCCAUUUCAUUUGCUAAUGUAGAGGAAUCAUCUCAAAACUCCGAAACUGCUGCAAAGGAGAGUAUUUUGAUGCAGAUCACAAAUGCCUCACAGAUGAUCAAAAUAGAAAAAGAUCCACAUGCAGCGUUUGCUUUGAUCAUUGAUGGGAAGACACUUACAUAUGCUUUGAAGGAUGAUGCCAAGUACCAGUUUCUUGCACUUGCAGUUGUCUGUGCAUCAGUAAUCUGCUGUCGUGUCUCUCCUAAACAGAAAGCACUUAUAACAAGGCUAGCGAAAGAAGGAACAGGGAAGACAACUUUGGCAAUCGGUGAUGGUGCAAAUGAUGUUGGCAUGAUUCAAGAAGCUGAUAUUGGUGUUGGCAUCAGCGGCGUUGAAGGCAUGCAGGCUGUAAUGGCAAGUGACUUCUCCAUAGCCCAGUUUCGCUUUCUGGAGAGACUACUUGUUGUCCACGGACAUUGGUGCUACAAGAGAAUAGCCCAAAUGAUCUGUUACUUCUUCUACAAGAACAUAGCGUUUGGCCUAACUCUCUUCUACUUCGAAGCCUUCACCGGAUUUUCUGGUCAAUCAAUAUUCAACGACUCCUACUUAUUACUCUUCAACGUUGUUCUCACUUCUCUCCCCGUCAUUUCUCUCGGAGUUUUCGAACAAGAUGUUCCUUCUGAUGUCUGCUUAGAGUUCCCUGCAUUGUAUCAACAAGGCCCCAAGAACCUGUUCUUCGACUGGUACAGGAUCCUCGGAUGGAUGGGGAAUGGAGUUUACGCAUCCAUAGUCAUCUUCACACUCAACCUCGGAAUCUUCCAUGUCCAAUCAUUCCGCUCUGAUGGCCAAACCGCAGACAUGAACGCCAUGGGAACCGCCAUGUUCACUUGCAUCAUAUGGGCAGUAAAUGUACAAAUAGCUCUCACCAUGAGCCACUUCACUUGGAUCCAACACGUAAUGAUUUGGGGAAGCAUAGGAGCUUGGUACAUCUUCCUCGCCCUUUACGGUAUGCUACCACCAAAACUCUCUGGUAACAUCUUCCACAUGCUCAUCGAGGUUCUAGCGCCUGCGCCGAUCUUCUGGCUUACCACACUCCUGGUCAUUGCCGCUACAACGCUCCCUUACUUGUUUCACAUCUCGUACCAAAGAUCGGUGAACCCUCUUGACCAUCACAUUAUACAAGAGAUCAAGCAUUUCAAGAUUGAUUUAGAGGAUGAGAGAAUGUGGAAACGAGAGAAGUCCAAGGCUAGAGAGAAGACAAAGAUUGGUUUCACGGCUAGAGUUGAUGCUAAGAUCAGACAGCUAAGAGUGAAGCUUCAGAGGAAACAUUCGGUGUUGAGUGUCAUGAGUGGGACUUCUUCUAAUGAUACAACUUCAAACUCACAACAGACUUAAUUUAAGAUCAAGUAAAUUUUGUUUUAACUCCAUUGUUUUAUGAGAUAUUGCACUCCCUAUACAAACAUAACUCUAUAAUUUGCAUGGAUGGAAGUUUGCUUUUCUUACUGAUGUGUUUUUUUUUUAAUGUCAGUUAUGCCCUUAUUUCAAGUAUUAACACAUUCUAAAAAUAUUACGCAUUUACAAAGUUCCUAUAUUGAUAUACCACGUGUGAAAGAUUUUGUCUAGAGAAAGCACUAUAAUCGAUACAUGCAUUGUCUAAAAAUCAAACAUGUUCAUCUCUCAUCUGUCCCAAUUUCAUUGUUUAUUCCGUCGAACCUUUCUUCACUCCUUCAUCUCUGUCUUGCUCCGUCGUGGCUGUCGUCCACGCAGUUGACUUGCUUCAUCUUCCUUGUUCAUCUACGCCAUCGACUAAAAACAGAGCCACCACGAACGUCUCCGCCUCAAGUUUCUUCUUCUUCGCCGCAAAUCGUCGUGUUUGUCUCGGUUCACCGGACCAUCUCCCUCAUCUUUCUCUGCCGAUGUCGUCAUGCUCGGAUUCAAGCCUAGCCAUAGUGUUCAUCCUCGCCGUCUCUGUCUCGUUACAGAAGAUAUCGAACAAUAUUGGCGAUUUCUUAUGUUUUGCAACACAAGCCCUCCAACCUUUAGAUAUUCUCAAGGUGGCUCCAAUAUUUUCAAGUGUACAAAUAGUUUCACAAAUCGGCUCCAGACUUUUAGAUUCUACAUUUCAAACCCUUUAAAAACUCCCCGAAUAGUCCUCGGAGUCUUAGAUGUUUUCAAUGUUAAAAUUCAAAUGACAAUCUUGAGAUAAUUAGUGUAUAUUACCAGCUAAAUAUAACCAUAAAAGCCAAGUAAAAUUUUUAACCGACUAUUUCACAAAUUAUAUCAUUAAUAUUACCGGCUAACUAUAAAAAUGUAGAGAUAAUUAGUAUAUAUUACCGGUUAACAAUAACAAAAAAAUUCAAGUACAAUGUUAACCGGCUAAACAACCAUUUAAUCAUUUGUAUUGUGAUUUGUUAAUGAGUUAAUUUUAUGUUUACCCGAACAUGUAAAUUUAAUCAUAUGUUUUGUGAUUUAUUAGAGAGUUAAUUUUUUGUUUAUCUGAACUGAUACAAAAUAACAAUCAUUAACCGAUCAAAAUAGCCGGUAAAUAUGAAUUAAAUACCAGCUAAAAUGUAAAGUACCCGGAUAAAUCAGAAUAUAAGAAUGCUAAUUUAAAAAUGAGACAUAUAAGCUAUAUGUAUAACUGGUAAUUAAAAUCUAAAUACCAGCUAACAUAUAAUAUAUCCAGUUAAAUAAUAAUAUAGACAUGCUAAUUUAUAAAUUAUCUAAAAAAUCACAUUAUAACCGGCUAACUUACAUAUCAACAAUAUAAAUUAAGCUUACACCGUUGAGAAGCUCUACAUUGUUUCAAUAAAAAAAAAAGAAACUAGCAGUAUUCAAAAUUAAAUUAAAAAAACAAAUAAAAAA